UUAAGACAUAAGGGCCGCUUGCCAAUUCAAUUUACACAUUUGUUCCAUAUCUGUCCCUGACCGUUCCUGACAUUGAUCCAUGAAUCUUGCCAAUCCUUCCAAUGUCGUGCCACCAAGUCCGAAUUUUUAGAAGUCGACAAUCCUGAAUCAUCAAUCGCCUGGCCAAUCCGACCACCGUCUACUCGAUAAUAAACCCGUUGACUGUUGACCGUUGACCAUCGACCGUUACUGUUCCGCCGUUGCUUAACCUUGCAACCCCUUUGUCCGCCUUAUAACCCAUCACCCACUACCCGCUGCCCGUUGCCCUGGUCACGUUCGACCAUGUUUAUAGACUGAUUAGGUCUAUCAUGAGAGCCGCAUCCCUGAGCGUGCUUCUUUUAGAUAUUGGACCUGGCUUUAUACACUUGACUUCGACAUCUUCGUAUAUAAACUAGUUUCGCGUGCUACUGCUUUCUUUUCACUAGCGGAUGCGAUAGGAAUAGAGGGCGUUUUGUAAGAGUAGGGAAUACUUCGUUGCGACUACAACAUGGCUUCUUCCGCUGCUGCCGGCUUCCUCGGCCGGUCGAGUAGUAGUAGUUCAAACAUGCGAGGCCUCGUCCAAUUCAUUGCCGACCUACGAAAUGCGAGAGCUAGAGACCUGGAAGAAAAAAGGAUCAACAAAGAGCUCGCAAACAUCCGACAGAAGUUCAAGGACGGUAACCUGAGUGGCUACCAUAAGAAGAAAUAUGUUUGUAAAUUGUUGUAUAUUUACAUACUAGGUUGGAAUGUCGACUUUGGGCACCUCGAGGCUGUCAACCUUAUUUCGGCGAACAAGUACUCCGAGAAACAGAUUGGAUAUCUUGCCAUGACUCUCUUUCUGCACGAGAAACAUGAGCUGUUGCACUUGGUCGUCAACAGCAUACGGAAGGACCUCCUCGAUCAUAACGAACUCUUCAACUGUUUGGCUCUACAUGCAAUCGCAAACGUAGGAGGUCGGGAGAUGGGAGAAGCUCUGAGUUCGGAGGUCCAUAGACUUCUAAUUUCACCGACUUCGAAGGCGUUUGUAAAAAAGAAGGCUGCCCUCACUCUCCUCCGUCUGUAUCGCAAGCACCCGGACAUCAUUCAACCACAAUGGGCAGAACGAAUAAUAUCUCUAAUGGACGACCUCGACCUCGGAGUGGCUCUCUCGGUUACGUCCUUGGUGAUGACCGUUGCGCAAGAUAAUCUGGACCAAUAUAAGGGUGCCUACGUCAAGGCUGCUUCGCGACUGAAGCGGAUAUUGAUCGACAACGACUUUACUCAUGACUACUUGUAUUACAAAGUUCCUUGUCCUUGGAUUCAGGUCAAACUGUUACGGUUGCUUCAAUAUUUCCCGCCUUCAGAGGAUAGUCAUGUUCGCGAGAUGAUCCGGGAAUCGUUGCAGAAGAUCCUAAAUCUGGCUAUGGAGACGAAUAAGAACGUCCAACAGAACAAUGCUCAAAACGCUGUUUUGUUUGAGGCUAUUAACCUCAUCAUCCAUCUAGACACAGAACACGCGUUGAUGAAGCAAAUAUCUACCCGCCUAGGCCGCUUCAUAACGUCUAGGGAGACGAAUGUCCGAUACCUGGGUCUGGAAGCCAUGACUCACCUGGCAGCUCGAGCCGAGAACCUCGAUCCUAUCAAGCAACAUCAAGAAGUAAUCCUCGGAUCCCUCAAAGACCGAGACAUCAGUGUGCGCAGGAAGGGUCUCGAUUUGCUAUAUAGUAUGUGCGAUUCGACCAAUUCUGCGCCGAUUGUCUCAGAGCUAUUGCACUAUCUACAAAAUGCCGACUUUGCUAUUCGAGAAGAGAUGGCUUUGAAGAUUGCGAUUUUGACGGAGAAGUACGCUACCGAUAUUCAGUGGUACAUUAAUGUUUCUCUUCGACUGGUAGCCGUUGCGGGAGACCAUCUUAGUGACGAGGUUUGGCAACGAGUUAUCCAGAUUGUGACGAAUAAUGAGGAGCUGCAAGUCUAUGCGGCGCAUAAUACCCUUCAACACGUCAAGCAAGACCAUUGCCAUGAGACACUAGUAAAAAUUGGUGCCUAUAUUCUUGGAGAAUUUGGACAUUUGAUCGCGGAGGAGCAGGGCUGCAGUCCCAUUGAGCAAUUCAUGGCGUUAUCUAGAAAGCUGCCUGCUUGUUCUUCGAGUACACGCGCUAUGAUUCUGUCGUCGUUCGUCAAAUUCGUUAACCUGUUCCCUGAGAUUAAGCCUCAGCUUCUUCACGUUUUUGAGAUAUAUAGUCAUACAUUGGACCCUGAGCUGCAACAACGGGCGUAUGAGUACUUGACGCUCGCUAGUCUCCCAACGGACGACUUGCUUCGUACGGUUUGCGACGAGAUGCCGCCCUUCCCGGAACGGCAGUCUGCGCUCCUUUCGAGACUCCACCAAAAGCACGCCGGUACUAGUGACAAGCGGACUUGGGUGGUUGGUGGCAAGGAUGCAAACAACGACGUCUCAGAGCUGAAUAUGGCUAAGAACCCCGGCUUGAGAAGGACGUUCAGCUCUAAUGGCCCGGUCGACGGUAACGGUUCGGCAAAUGGUGCUAACGGCCAUUCUAAUGAUCUUGCCGGUCUCGACAUGAAUGCAGGGCCUGUCCCUGAGAAGUUGCUCAAAGCACCAAACUUGGCUAGCGCUGCGCAUCUAUCGCCUGGUUGGGAGUCAGGUUACAACAAACUGUUACUUAAAGCUGAUGGUGUGCUCUUCGAAGACGGGCAGAUCCAAGUUGGUAUUCGUUCCGAAUACAGAGGACAGAUGGCUUGUCUCAUUUUGUAUUUCACGAACAAAACACCAGCUACCGUAAGCUCCUUUACAACGACGCUUGACUUGGAUCAGAGCGAAAAGGAAAAUUUGACGUGGGACGUCAAAACCAUGCCCGACAGCUCUAUUACGAAUGGUGGCCAAUCACGGCUAAUCAUCAUGUUCGAGGCAAAGAAGGUCUUCACCAAGAGCCCUACCAUUAGAAUAAGUUACCUCGCGGGUGCCUUACAAGCGCUCACUCUCAUGCUUCCCCUUACCGCCCACAAAUUCAUGGACCCUGCAGAUCUUACAGCAGAUGAUUUCUUCAAGAGAUGGAAGCAAAUCGGUGGCGCGCCGCGUGAAGCUCAACAGAUCAUCGGCCUCGCCCCAGGGAAAGCCGGGUCCCGAGAGAUCACCGAGUCUUUUGUUCGCAAGACUAUCGAAGGAUUCCGUUGGGGAAUAUUAAGGGGCGUUGAUCCGAAUAGCAAGAAUUUUGUCGGAGCAAGCGUACUCCAUACCUCUGAAGGAGGCAAGUUUGGCUGCUUAAUGAGACUAGAGCCAAACUAUACUUCUCAGAUGGUUCGACUAACAAUUCGGGCUACGGAUGAGAGCGUGCCUCCGGUGCUCUUGAAGUUGAUGGAGGAACAAAUGUCAAAAGGGGCCUCAACAGUACCGGAAUUGCGGGAGGGACCUACACGGCGGGAGAUAUCAGAUACCUUCAGUAAUAUAAUGGUGCAGUAAAGGACCGGUAGAAUAAGAGGAAGACAGAAAAGGAGGCGAUGGUGCCUUGGAAGGGGUUUCAAGAAGAGUUAUGAUUCCAAAUUCCAGAUUCCACUUUGGAAAAUUCCAGUUAAGCAAGCUAUGCGGUAUUUGUGCAUUUCCAACCCGAGCGAGAGAGGAGUUGAUUAGGUAGCAUGUGGUCAGAAUAUCUCAUGUGUAGAAAAUGGGCGUUUACCCCUUUUUGGUCAUUGAGUAUUCGAAUAUCCUUAUAUAUCCUUAGGGUAAUUGGAAGCUAUAUCACCUCAAGGUUUUCACAAGGUACCAGAAUACAUACUGUGUGCAUUAUAAUGC